GUGCAGCAGCGGCGGCGGGGCUCUGCCUCUACCGGAGCCCAACGCAGGCCGCAGAGCCCGGGCUGCUGUGAGCCGAGACCUCGGGCCGCGGAGCCCGCACCGCCGGCGCAGAGAAUUUGUUCCUGUUGAAGAGUGGUGCCUCCUCCAAUUCCCAGGGUCCUUGUGGUUUAAGAAGUCUAGUGGACGAAGUUCUCUAUCUCUGAGGAGAAACAGUACCUGGUCCUUUGUUCUCCUUUGCUAUGGAUACCGAAUCCACAUAUUCUGGAUAUUCUUACUAUUCAAGUCACUCGAAGAAAUCUCACAGACAAGGGGAUAGAAAUAGAGAGAGACACAAAUCACCCCGGAAUAAAGAUGGCAGAGGGUCAGAAAAAUCUGUCAGCAUCCAAGCACCUACUGGAGAGCCCCUAUUGGCAAAUGAUUCCACUCGGACAGAGGAAGUUCAGGAUGACAACUGGGGAGAGACCACCACAGCCAUCACAGGCACCUCAGAGCACAGUAUUUCACAGGAGGACAUUGCUAGGAUCAGCAAGGACAUGGAGGACAGUGUGGGACUGGACUGCAAACGCUACCUGGGCCUCACCGUUGCCGCCUUUCUUGGACUUCUAGUUUUCCUCACCCCUAUUGCCUUCAUCCUGUUACCCCCGAUCCUGUGGAGGGAGGAACUGGAGCCUUGUGGCACAAUUUGUGAGGGACUCUUUAUUUCCGUGGCUUUCAAACUCCUCAUUCUGCUCAUCGGGACCUGGGCACUUUUUUUCCGCAAGCAAAGAGCUGACGUGCCACGGGUAUUUGUGUUCCGUGCCCUUCUGUUGGUCCUCAUUUUUUUGUUUGUCAUUUCCUAUUGGCUUUUCUACGGGGUCCGCAUUUUGGACUCUCGGGACCGGAAUUACCAGGGCAUUGUGCAAUAUGCAGUGUCCCUCGUGGACGCCCUCCUCUUCAUCCACUACCUGGCCAUCGUCCUGCUGGAGCUCAGGCAGCUGCAGCCCAUGUUCACGCUGCAGGUGGUCCGCUCCACCGACGGUGAAUCACGCUUUUACAGCCUGGGACACCUGAGUAUCCAGCGAGCAGCUUUGGUGGUUCUGGAAAAUUACUACAAAGAUUUCACCAUCUAUAACCCCAACCUCCUCACAGCCUCCAAAUUCCGAGCAGGCAAGAACAUGGCGGGGCUGAAAGUCUACAAUGUAGACGGCCCCAGUAACAACGCCACUGGUCAGUCCAGGGCCAUGAUUGCCGCAGCAGCUCGGCGCAGGGACUCAAGCCACAACGAGUUGUAUUACGAAGAAGCGGAGCAUGAACGUCGGGUAAAAAAGCGGAGAGCAAGGCUGGUGGUUGCAGUGGAAGAGGCCUUCAUCCACAUCCAGCGUCUCCAGGCUGAGGAGCAGCAGAAAGCCCCAGGGGAGGUGAUGGACCCCAGGGAGGCUGCCCAGGCCAUCUUCCCCUCCAUGGCCAGGGCUCUGCAGAAGUACCUGCGGACCACUCGGCAGCAGAACUACCACAGCAUGGAGAGCAUUCUGCAGCACCUGGCCUUUUGCAUCACCAACAGCAUGACCCCAAAGGCCUUCCUAGAACGUUACCUCAGCGCUGGUCCCACCCUGCAGUAUGACAAGGAUCGGUGGCUCUCUACACAGUGGAGACUUGUCAGUGAUGAGGCAGUGACUAACGGGCUAAAGGAUGGAAUCACUUUCGUCCUUAAGUGCCUGGACUUCAGCCUCGUUGUCAAUGUGAAGAAAAUUCCUUUUAUUAUACUCUCGGAAGAGUUCAUAGACCCCAAGUCUCACAAAUUCGUCCUUCGCUUACAGUCUGAGACGUCGGUUUAAAAGUUCUAUAUUUGUGGCUUUAUAAAAAAAAAAGAAUAUAUAUAGAAAUAUAUAUGUAUAUCAGAGGGGUGUCUUUUUUUUGGAUUCUUGAUUGCUGACUGAAACUGGCAGAUGAUAGACCAGUACCCUUUGACCAUCUGCACUUUAUCUGGAAGGAAGCAGGGGACAUCUGCCCUGGAAAAAAUGACUGACAUCGUCUGACUGUUGUCAAUGGGACUUCUCAAGAAGCUGUUCCCUGCAGUUUCUCUGCAGCUGUAAACCAAAUUAGAGCUGGUGCAUUCUUGGGAACCUUGCCUUACAACUAGUCCCUGUCUUUGCUCCAUGGCCACGUCUUCCCAUUGCUUCUUUUGGACCCACCCGUAGACGCCUAGGGCACACGUCUUUACUCUUUCAAGAAACCAGACACUACAUGUCCACGUAUAUCGGUGUGCAAAUGUCCAGUUCCACAGCACCUUUAUGGAGCCAUGGGCAGUUCAGAAAAUGCCUUCCUUUAUCUUUGUUCUUUGUUGCCUUAGGUUCUUCAGAGAAAUAUCACAAAAAAAAUGUGCACUAUCAGUUUAUUUUUUUCCCAAAGAGAAAACCUACGUGCCCUGUUUCUUACCCCAUUUCCCUACUGACAAAACAAGUAGCCCCUCCCUGUGCCUGUGACUGUCUACCACGUCUGUGCUCCAUCCCACCGUCCCUAACACACGCCCCACACAGCCCCACCUGGCUAGAAGGUCUGACCAGGAGGGGUCGGUCUUUCAGGGCCUGUUGGGACCUGCCUCUUUGUGCUCUCAGGCCCUUUGCACAGGUCAGUCCUCCAUAUGAGAAGUGUGGAGUGCCUGCCAGGAGGACAGUGAGAGCAAGCCAGCAGGAACCCCAACCAACCCAGUUCCCCUCCCCACAGCCUACACCAAUCAGGGGGAGACUAACACUGUGACCUUGGGAUUGCCUGGUACAGCUUGGUGCUAUCUAAUUUUCCAGGGAGAUAAGCUCUCACCAAGUUUAAUACCAAGCCACCCUGUCAAGAGAGACCAAACAUUGCCUACCACAAUGGCAACUGCUGAUGUCUAGUCCCUGCAUUUUCUGACCACCAUCAUUGUGCGACCCGUCACCCCUGCUGGUUACUACCAGUGAAGGAGCUGGUUCAGCCUCUGACAUUUAAAUUACUUUGAGGAGCUGGUAGAGUGGGGAGAAGGAAAAUGUAUAGGCCGUCGAGUUUAGAGAAGGGGAAGUAGGGAACAAAGGUUUGGGUCCAGAAUGAUUUAUACAUGGUCUGUUUCUGUAAUGCAGCUGGUUUCAUUAUGCUCUCCCCUGGCCCUGGGGGACAGAGGCUGCCCGGGGCCGGAGCCGUCCCAGAGUCCAGCAGCCACCUUGCGGGGGGCUGUCUUUGCCUCCCGCCUCCACAGCAGACCUUGAGAAAGUAUGCAGUCUCGCUUUUGCUAGGUAUUUAGGGAAAUCAGUUACCUUGCUUUAGCGAAGGAGGGCACUGUCAAAAUGCUCUGUAUGUGUGCAUACUCUCACUGUUCUGUGUUUUGGACGUGGUACAGUAUUUAUCAUUUUUAAAAUCAAAAUUGGCUUUGGAUAUUUGUAAUACACCUGUACCUGAAAAAGUAAACACCCUUCUUGAAUAGACAGCCUACAGCUCACAAAGAUAUGUUGGGAAAGAAGGAAGAGGAAGUGAGUGGCUGUGGCAGGGAGCCAAGGUGUACAUUAACUGCAUGUUUCCGUUGAUGAAAAAUACAUGCCAUCUAACUGUGGUGCUUUUCUUCUUAGUUUUUGCCUGAGGUCCCUUCAUACUGGAAGUUCCUUAUGAUGAUGCUUUCUCAGGAAAUAUAUUUUGGAAGAUAGGGUGAAUGAUGGUGGAGGAUGGUGAAUGUGUAUGAGACUUUGGCUGCAUAAAGAUGAUAAUGUCCAGACGAGAGAAGGCGUUGAUGGCUGCUGCAUCAUGAACACAGUGCAGUUGGAAAUGCCAUACAUGUAUCUUUGUUGUUGUUGUGUGCAGUUGCGUCAGUAGCGACCCUAUGUGACAAAGUAGAACUGCCCCAUAGCAUUUUCUUGGCUGUAAUCUUUAUAGAAGCAGAUCGCCAGGUCGUCCCCCCACAGAGCCACUCACUGGGUGGGUUUGAACCACCAACCUUUCAGUUGGCAGCUGAGUGCUUAACCAUCGCAUCACCAGUUAACUACUUACAGUUAAUUGUGCCACCAACUAACUACAUAUAGUUACUUGAGCGCAAGCAUAUCAAAGAUCGUGACGAUGGCUCAGGACCAACCAGCAUUUCGUUCUGUUAGACCUAAAAGCGUCUUGAAUUUGAGUGGCCUUGACAGCAGCUAACAACAGCAGCAUAGUUACUGACACUGUUCAUCAGUGUUUUAAAAUUCUGUGCUUCAGACCCUAUCUUAAAUUACCAGUCCAGAAGGGGUUGAGUUGGAGCCAUCUGCAUUCCCGGCCUGGUGGAGAAAGGUUAAAUUAAGGAAUUUAUUUUCUCUCUCCCCCCUCCCAUCCUUUGCGUAGGAGAUUGUCAGACUUUCUAAAGUUAUUGUUCUGCUUUUAAAUUGAAUAUCGAUUUUUUUUUUUUUUACACUGACAAUGUAUUGAGUCCUUUUUGAAAGAAUAACAAAAUAAAAUACAGGAUCUUUGUAAAGCCUUUGCGCUUUCAACCUCUUAAUAGCUUGAGUUACUGGUGCGCUGGGAACAGUGUAAAUGGCGUUUAAAAAUUUCAGGUUUCAGAAAGCUGCAUCACACAGUUCAACACAAUGCAUUUUUAUUUUAGUUCUUGAGACCAAUAGGCUGUUCUUUUUAAAAGGGGGUAAACUGCCCCGAGGCUAGUAGAAUAUACGAUCACUUUAGAGGAUACAGGAUUGCGUUUGCCUUAAAUGUUUAUAGAUUUUUCCAUAACUUUCAGCCGAAGUUAUUAAAAUCUGAGCAUGAAGUGUUAGCGUAGGUGAGCUUUAUGAAGAGUGUAUGUCUGCAGUUGCUCUCUUCCCUGGCGAUGUUCUAACCAAGAGUUUACUUUUUGUUCCUAAGCAUAUAGUUUAGUGAAGGUGUGAGUUUUUAAUAAGCCAUAAGCUGAAUGUUAAAAAAAAAAAAAAAAAAAAGUCUGUGUUCCUAGAGUUGGAAAGAGUUUUAAGAUUAUUCGGUUCAUAUGCCCUUUGCAUUAUCAGUUAAGUCAAAAUGCAGAACACUUUUGCUCAAGUUUAUAAAGUAAGCCCCCUGAGAAAAACUCAACAGCUAUUGUGAUUGCUUGACCUCCAAUUUUUUAUUUUUGUUUUGCCCAACUAUUGUCUCCCUUUCUCCCUCUCUGCCCUCCCCUUCUCAAUCUAUGUAGAAGGCAAAUUUUGUACAGCAAAUGGUAUGAGGUAGGUGGCCCUGUUGUGUUGCGGCUCACUGGAAGUCCUUGUCAAGGGGGAGAUUGCAGCUGUGCUGGUGUGUUGGAUGGGAACGGGGUGCUCGCCCUUCCCCUCUGCCGUGGUUGGUGGUAGUUGAGUAUUCGCAUUGUUACAUCUCAUCUUCACCCUUGGGUGCCGCAUGUAUUUAGAUAUGGCUGUACCUCUGUGGGAUGCUGUGAGCCUAUUGGCUGACCAAAAUUGAUUGCCCUCUCCCUCCUAACCCCCAACCACAAAUCCUGCUAUGUAAGGCUCCCUACAUGGGGACAUGUAUUUGUUUCCAUACAUGUGAACAUUCUGAGUGUAUGUUACCAGAUAGCACAUUUAUACGUUAGACAUCCUGACAUCCUAGUUAUCUGUAGCAGGUGGGCGUGUAUGCCAGCAGAUAUUUGUGUAUGUGUUUAUAUAGGUGAGUGUGAGGGUGUAUAAUUGUGUUUCUAUGUAUGCGCUAUGUUUUAGAGACUUCUCAAUAGUGCCUGUCUUUUGGGAGGUUACUCUAAAGCCAGAGCCAGUUACUUCUCCCUCCCCUCCUUUAUUCUUCAGUUCCAUUGGUUCUCAGGAGUAAAUGGCUUUAGCACAGAAAUACUUUCUGGUGAGCCAGCUACCCUGCAAGCAAAAUCCAUUUAUAAUCUAUCUUUCUCCAAGACCCUACCCCCAAACAGCAAGUAACAGAAAGAAAGGUGAAGCUCUGUGAUAAUUACUGCUCAAGCUUGGCUACCCUGAAAGCCUUACUAUAUAAAAUCUCACAGUAUGACUUAGAAAUUGUAAAAAAGCAAUGAUCGCUUACUCAAAGCACGGAAAUGUUAACAUAUUUAUUUAAAGUCCUGCGGUUGUAAAGUGAUGUAAGUAUUUCUCUGCAGAGUUUGGGCUUUUUAGGUCUUAUUAUAAAAAAUAAAUCACUACUGUGAAUACUAUGUAACCUCAUAGUCAUAUUCUAUUAUAAAUAGAAAAUAUCCUUAAGCCCAUAGCACAGUUCUUGAAUGGUGUUCAGUGCAAUAGUAUUUGAGAUAGCUUAGACACGUCACUGAAGUUCAUUGUAUUGAGCUUUAACCAACUGGAUGUGAAGAAAAUUAGGUUUUUGAGUCAUGUUUUUGACAAAGCAUAUUUUGGUCAAAGAGGGGAUGGCUACUCACAUCAGGCAUUGUAUGCUAGGCACUGUUGUAGGCAGCCAUAUUACCCUCCCAGUCCCUUCAGAUAGGGGUUAACUCUUUUAUGGGUAAUAAAAAAAGAAACAUCAAAGAGGGAGAGACUUGUCCAAUGCCUCCUGGCUAGUAAAUGAAAUUAAAAAAUCAAGGUGUUUGAUUCUGAACCCUCUUCCCUCGGUACCUAGAGGUAUGAACCAAAGGAUAUAAACGAGUUGGCAUUUCGGGAUGAAGUAGAGGGACCUAGCGACACUUACCAUUGAGCCAGAACCUUGAGUGGGAUGUUUGAUGAGGGUAGAAUCACUCUGGUCUUAUACUUUGGGUUUGUGUGAGAGCUGUGGCCUUACUUCAUAGUGCUGGCUGAUUCCUAGGAGAUUUCAGUUGAAAGAAUUCAGAAUCGCCUACUCCCCCAGGCGAACCCAGCCCUGCCAGGGUUGCACCUGAUGUAGAACACAGGUGCAUUGUUCCUGGCAGCUCCCCUUUGGUUUUGCCUCUACUUUUUUUACCCUGGCGUGGAAACCCUGGUGGCAUAGUGGUUAAGUGCUACAGCUGCUAACCAAGAGGUCAGCAGUUCAAAUCCGCCAGGCAUUUCUUGGAAACUCUAUGGGGCAGUUCUACUCUGUCCUAUGGGGUAGCUAUGAGUCAGAAUCUACUCAGAGGCAGUGGGUUUUUUUUAUCCUGGGCGCAGUGCACAGCAGGACUACCCCGCUGGAGUCUUGGCCACAGUGAGGUGUGCAGAGGCUUGCCCUGGCCUUCCUGGUACUGUGAUAAAAUCACGUCCAGCCUCUUAACUGCUAGGGGUGGGAGAGGGUCUGUGUGCAGGCCCAGCUCUAGGGAAGUUUGGAACUAGAGUCCUCUCCUCAAAAUCGAUGUUCUCAGCAGGAGGCUCACAUUUUCACUGCUUUUCCCUACACUUGGAGUUGUGAUAGAAAAAAAAAAAAAAGACGAGACAUAAAAUAGGACUGUAAAAUGCGGUGUUUUUCUCUACUUCAGUGCCUUUGAGUUUUGAUCCAUGUGCAUAAACUCAUUUUCUCUCCCACUGUUUGCUUUCAUUGGAGGACAGGAAGGGAAGGUGGCAUUCACAUCCCUGUGUUGCCACUCUAGGAACUAAGAUAGACUUCCAAAGGGUGGAUAAAAAAUAUCAAACUACUGAAUAAUAUUAGAUUUCAGGACACGGGUGGUCCCUUCUGCCAGGCCCUGCCCAUUUUUACAUGUGUGCUGUUUAGUCCAGUCCAACUCAGUGACCCCGUAGGACAGAGCGGAACUGCCCCAUAGGGCUUCCAAGGCCAAAAUCUUUAUGGGAGCAGAUCUCCAGGUCUUCUGAGGAGCCUCUGGGUGGGUUUGAAUCUCCAACCUUUAGAUUAGCAGCUGAGUGCUUAACCAUUGUGCCACCAGGGGUCCUUUAUUUCUACUUAGAUAACCCAGUUGGUUUUGUUUCAUUUGUAAAAUAAAUCUCAUCAGUGGGUUGUUUUAGAAUUUCUCCAACACAACAACAGAUUAUUAAAACCUGAAGCAGCACAUUGAGGGGUAACUUCCAGUAUGGCGCCAAGAGUUUACCAAUUUGAAGGUCUCUCUCAGACUAGGAACAUCAAUAUUUUAUCCUGCGCCUUAGUGAAAUAAAACACUUUAGUCCUAAGCCUUGAGGGCAAAUGUGAUAAACCCUCAGCCUUUUCUCUUAAGAGUGUCUUUGGCACUGAAAUAAUAUUUGGAUAAGAAAUAUUUGAUUAUGCAAUUGUCUGGUUUUGUAUGUCCCUUAGCAUAUCAAAGCUUCAUCUCUGAGGACCAGAGACCUGCUCAGGGAAUUAGUAAUGGGACUCGGGGCAUCUGAUCUGCAGGCGACAAGUUUAGUUCAAAUCAUGAUGAUGGGGAACUUUAGAACAGUCGCACAUGCCAUUCCAGGGACCAGGUGGAAAGAGGCAGCAGUUGCUUUUCAUUUGCCAGUGCCUCUCAGUUACAGAAGUAAUGGACUAUUCACUUAGUGUUGAUCAUAAUUUUGCGUUUUUUUAAGGAACAUAAGAAGACCCAAACUUUGAUGAUUUCUUAUUUUUAUAAUGGAUUUACUAUAGGGUUUCAUUAAAUGACAAAUUUCUUCUGGGACCCCUAAAUUAUGAUGAACCAAAUUUGAUUUCCAAGCAAUUGUUCAUGAGUAUAUUGCUUAGAGCGAAGGACAUUUGUCCUGGUCCUAAACCAGCAAGGAUAGGAGUUAGAGACGGAUGGAUACUGGCUCACUGAGAUGGUGAACUCAACUUGCCAUGAGGACGGACCACUUCCUCAAAAAAGAUGCUAGGGAGUGGGCCAGAGAGGCCUGGGCCAGGUCUUAUUUGAGAGAAGUUUAUUUGACAAUUGCUUGAGUUGAAAGGACUUUAUAGCUUUGUAUUUAGAAUCCAGCAUUAACCUAGACAAGUUCAGUAAUGAAGUUGUUUGUCUGAUGGAGUCAUAACUUUUUGUGCAAAUACGUGACCAGGGACUUUUGUGUUCUCUCUGAUUAGUUAAUACUGUACUUGGUAACCAGGAGGGACAAUUUUGCUAACCAGCCUCUACUCAUGGCCACUGUGUGUGUAUGGCAAAGCCUGAGCAUGAUGUCCUGCAUUAAGUGGGUGAUGGGCUCCAUGGAGAUGUUUUAAAACAUGUAAAUGAAUGAAUUAUACAACCAGCAACCAUCUGCACAUGUAUGUUCACUUACCAUCCUAAGAUUUAUGCUAUGAACCUCUUCACUGUAACUUAAUAGCAAUGUUAACCUCUAUGACGGACAUACAGCAGACCUGCAUCCAAGUUAUUUUGUUCUCUUUUCGGUCUUCCAGUUAUAGCCCUCCUCCGUCCCAAUUGACUGUAAAACAUUUCACACUUUACAUUUUUUAUACUGUAAAACUUGGAAAAUAAACUGAAAUCCCAAAUCA